UGCCCCUCAGCCUGCGCUUGCUCUCUCCGCCACCCCCGUCUCGUCUCCCAUUCCGCACCUUCUCCGUACUCUCCUCUAUCGCUCGACCCCUCUCCCACACCCGCCAUGAAGGAAUCCGGAAAGCAACGUGCAAAACCUGAUGGCUCUAUCGUUCCAUCAGGCCGGGGCACUUACGCAAAGCAGGCCUGCAGCCAUUGCAGGAAAAGGAAAAGCAAAUGUGACGGCCGAACCCCCGUCUGUGGUCCCUGCGAGAAGGCUGGCCGAGCUACAGAGUGCACUUGGGGUAAAGAAACCGCCAAGAAAGCUCGUACGCAGCAACACUUUGAAUCCCUAGAGAACUACAUUCGCGCACUCGAGGCCAAGGUCAAGGAUCUCCAGGCCGAUCUCGAAUACUGUAGGCGCAACCACGGCGGCCUUCCCCCCUCUGGCUCGUCCGACGCUACAGGGAGCACAUCUGGUCCGGUGGUGUCCGACGACGCCAUCCGAGCAUCAGGCUCGGAUGAGGCCAACAACGACGAUGGCGGCAGUUCCAACAACGAGUCCGAUAUAGAUCAUCUAAUUUCGCCCACGCGACACUUGGUGCUGUCAGACAACGAUCUAGAGUAUCACGGCCCAACCUCAGUAUUCCGCCUUGCCCCGCAGCGCUCCUCUUCGGUCAGCGACUCCAAAGCCUCCGCCUCCCCUGAACCGGCCCCGGCUACAGUACCCGUUUCGACGUACUUCGACUGGUCGCGGUACCUCCCGCCAGAGGUUCCAUUGACGCGCGCAGAACACGACCGGCUCCUCGAGAUCCUCUUCAAGUUCUUCUCGUCAUGGGGCCUCCGAAUCGUCCCGGAGCUCUUCCUACGCGACAUGCACCGCGCGCUGACCGCCCCACCUUCCGCCCCUCUCCUGAAAUCCGCACAUUACAGUCCAAUGCUGCACAACUCUGUGUUAGCGUUGUCGACGGCAUAUUCGGAUGACCCGCUGAUCAAGGACAUCCGCUACCGCAAGAUGUAUGCGCGCAAAGCGAAGAGCUACAUCGAAGCCGACUGUCAACGCCCCACCAUUCCUCUGAUUACGGCGCUCGGCGUCCUUGCGGCGUUCCAUUCUGCUGCGGGGGAGCAGAGUUUGGGCUAUCUCUACUUUGGUAUGGCCGGUCGCAUGAGCCAAGCCUUGGGCCUCAACAUCGACUGUUCGCCGUGGGUGAAGUCGGGCCUCAUCACGCACGAGGACAUGCUGGACCGCAACUGGGCAUACUGGGCGACCUUCUCGCAGGAUGUGCUCUGGUCGCUCUACGUCGGACGCGAGUGUUGCGUGCUCCCGCCCCGCAAGGAUCGCCAGAUCCCCCUUCCGUGGGUCGGCAGCGAGAUCGACCACGCGCCGUGGUACUGGGCGCCGUGCAAGAUGCCGCCACAGCCGAGUCACGUCGUUCGUACGUUCGAGAAGACGUGCGAGCUCAUGCUCAUCGCGCGGCGUAUCAUGGACUUUGUAAACACGCUGGGACCCGGUUUGCGGCGUGAGGGAUCGUUGCAGAUUGUUAGCGAGAUGGACAUUCAACUCAACAACUGGAAGGAUUCGUUGUCCCCAGAAGUUGACCUCACAGCUGCCAGUCGACCAAGUGCUCUGCCUCAUAGACUGAUGCUUCACUUGACCUACUGGUGGCUCCUCCUCCUGCUCCAUCGACCGUUCUACCGGCGCAAGUCUGGCGGUUCAGGUCCGGAGAUCGACCAUGUCAAGCUGUGCAACCGCGCCGGGGACAACAUCAUGCUUCUGCUCGGGAUCUGGAACGAGAAGUACUCGGUGCGGUACCUGCCGAUCACGCUUAUGCAGGUCAUAUUCUGCGCCGGCACGUCCUUCAUCCUCUCGGCCGUGCAGGCGACGUCCGGCCCGCGGCUCGGGCGUGUUGCGCUCACGAGUGCGCUCACGCAGGCCGAGCAGUCGAUCCGCUACCUGCUCAUCUGUGGGAAGUCGUUUGACUGCGCGAACCACGUUGCCACCAUCCUAUCCACUGUCCUCCAGGAGCAGCUCAAGCCGCGUCUGCUUCUCCGCACGCUCGAGCCCAAGGACCUCCUUCCACAAACCGCACCCUCCGCGCUCCCCGAGCACGCGGACUACUCGCAGUACGGCGGCGGCGCCCCAGGCGCGAACAUGCAGCCCGACACGGAGAUCCUGAACUUGAACACGACGAUCUCGAACCUCGACACCCUGCGCGACCAGUGCCGGUACACGACCACGCUCGCACACUCGAGCGCCGCGUCCGCCUCCUCCGCAUCGCCCUCCACCCCGCUCUCCGACUGGCCCGGGCCCGCCGAGGGCUACUCGCUCUCACCAACCUCGGCGACCAGCACGUCCUCCGCGUCCGUCGCAGGCCCGAGCACCGGUGGUCGCCAGGGCCAGGGUCAGGGACUCGGGCUGGGCGGAUACUCGCUGGGCAGUCCGGGGCUGGGUGGGAUGACCGAGGAUGUGGACAUGGACUUUGGGCUCACGGGCAUGGAUCUGGGUAUCAUGGGCGGCCAGCCGCUGUCGAACCGGCCGUACAUGGCGUUCGGGAUCCCCGAGCUGCCGGUACCGGUGAGCUCGGACGCGGGCUUCCCGGACCUGGACGCGCCGCCGUUCAUGCAUGCUCAGCAACAGCAGGCACAACAGCAGGCUCAGCAGCAGGCACAACAACAAGCCCAGCAGCAGGCACAGCAACAGCAGCAAGCUCGACAUCAGCAACAACAAGCUCAACAACAGCAGCAGCAGUCACAACAACGUAGUCUAGAGCGGGCGCAGGCAUCAGGGCUGCCCACCGUGGGCGCGCUGGGCCAGUCGAUGCCGCUCGACUUCAGCGCAGAAGAACUGGCGAUGAUGGACCAGAUCCUGCGGCAGCAGUUCCACGGCGGCGGCGGCGGCGGUGGGGGCGGCGGGAACAUGGACUUCCGCAUGGCGGGGCCGAGUCGGUACGGAGAGCGGAUGUAGUAGACACGCACGCACGCGGGCGCGAGCGCGGGCUGUGUAUGUAAGGAGCAGCUCGCGGGCAAAAGGAACACAGGACUUGCGAUCAGUGGGGGGAGCAGAGCAGGCCGCGGGCUUUUUCGUGGGUUAUCGUCGUAAUCUUAUGGUGUUGGAGGGUCCUGUCGUGGGCCGCUCCGUGUAGCAAGCAGUGUAUCGUCUAUACUGUAAAUUUAAU